AUGGUUUGCGCUCAAUUGGAUUCAAUCUGUUCACCACUUUCCAAUCCUCCAUUUGGUUAUCACCCAAAUUGGAGUCCUCUUCAAUUAUUUGUGAUGAAAUUUGUCACAAAUGUGCUUUUUGUUUGCGUGGUUUUGCCGAUUAUCCUGCUUGCAACUGUUAUCGCUACAAGUCUUAUUCAAAAUGAUUUUCUGCUUCGUGUGAUUUCUCUGACAUUUCUCUACACCUCACUUCACUCUCCCCUCAACAGUUUGGUCGUGAUUUUUGCAUCUAAAACUUAUCGCCAUACUUUGCGACGUUUUCUUCUAUCAUUUGUGAGAAAAACUUAUCAUUCAUCAACAGUCACUAUUGAGGGAGUAAAU